AUGUACCCUGCAGGUUCGCAGCCUGAUCUCCCCGACGACAUGGCCUCUCCUGGACGCCCAGGCCACGUCCUGCCGCCUCCGCCAUUCCGCUCGAUGGUCUCCUUCGACACCCUAGAGAAACCGCAAACGAGCAUGCUCUCCUACGCGCUCCACGUCCAGAGCGAGGGCUACGCCCGCACGCGCAUCUUCUGCGCCUCGAGCCCGGACAAGAGCGGGACGCAGGCGCCGGAGUGCUGCCUCGACGGCCUCGUCCACGACAGCGACGAGUUCGUCGUCUUCCACGGCACCGACCCGGACAACCUUGCUACGAAGGCUAGUUAG